AUGGCAAAAACAAAGAAUGCUCAAGCAUCCAAGAAGCCCUCUCGUGGCUCUGCCUCUGCAUCUCCGAUCACCCCACCUGUGCCGCCUGCUCCAGUGACCGGAGUUCCUGUCUUUGCUUCUCCAAUUGCUUCUUCAACACCUGGGUUUGGUGAUCAUGAUGAAUCUCAUUCAUCCGAUCACACAUUUUCGAAGUCUUCUUCUUCGAAUGGUGCUCCUAAUGUUGACAAAGCUAUAGUGACCUUGCCCACGGUGAGUUCUCGAACAAGGUCCAAAGUAUCCACUCCUCAAAAGCCCAAAGUGGUUCUGCCCAAAAUUAUUUCCAAAGGGAAAAAGGUGGCGAUUUCAUCUUCAAAGGCCAAAAAUCUUAAGGAGAAUCCCCCUUUCGUCUCGUCCUCGGAUUCUGAACCUGAAAAAGGAACUGAGGAGGAUCAUGGUUCAAAGGGCUUGUCCGAUUCAAGUGAAGAAUUUGUGCCCAAAGAUCAACCUUCUGUUGAUGAUUCUGCAUCCGAAAGUGAAGAACCUGAAGCUGAUCCUGUCACUACAGAACCUGUUGCUGUCCCUGCUGCAAUUGCAAAGAAGGACAAUGGAAAAAGACCCAUUGUCUCUCCAAGUCCUGUUCUUCCUCAGAAAAGAAAGAGACCCUCUGUCCCUGAGAAGCCUCCUCAAGGAAAAACUGCUCAAAGAAAGGCGCGGUCUGCUUCCCCUGGUAUUACAAAUGAUCCUGUUGCUGCAUCUGCUUCCACUUCUGCUCAUACAGAAAUGGCAGAAUUCAACUUGCGUUUGGGAAGAAUGGAGUCCAGUCAAGCUUUGCUUCUUAGGAAGAUGGAGAGCAUCAUGAAAUACUUCUGA